AUGCCCUCUCUACUACACUCCCUCCGCACAUCCCCCUUCCUCCGCUCCAAACCCCCUCCCUUAAACCCCAUAUCAUAUUUGUAUACAUCGAAACGCCACCUCGGCAUCCCCCCGGCCUACCUCCUGGACGACUACAUCCCGCGCUACCAACUCCUCUCGUCCAUCGACGCCUCCAAAAAGCGCUCCCUCGCCUACGCCCACCUCCAAAACUGCAACCUCUGCCCGCGUCGCUGCGGCGUCAACCGAUACCAUGAAACGGGCAUGUGCAUGAUCGGCGCCGAAACCGCCAAAGUGAACACCAUCGCCCCGCACCGCGGCGAGGAACCCUGCAUCCAGGGGUUCCAUGGCUCCGGCAGCGUGUUUUUCUCCGGGUGUAAUAUGCGGUGUGUGUUUUGUCAGAACCAUGAUAUAGCGCACAAGAAAGCAGGUCAUGAUCUCACGCCUACCGAGCUAGCGGAGUGGUACAUGAAACUCCAAACGGUGGGGAACGUGCAUAAUAUUAACCUCGUCACGCCAGAGCACGUCGUCCCGCAAGUCGUGCUUUCAAUUCUCGAUGCGAGGGAUAUGGGAUUAAAGAUCCCGAUUGUGUAUAACACAUCUAGCUUCGACUCCCUCGACUCAUUACAUCUGCUGGAUGGGUUGGUGGAUAUCUACCUCCCUGACUUCAAAGUCUGGAAGGGGAGUACCGCGAAGCGAUUACUCAAAGCAGAGGAGUAUGUCGAGACAGCGAAGGAGAGUAUCAAGGAGAUGCAUCGGCAGGUAGGGGAUUUGAGUUUUACCUCUGAUGGGAUUGCGAAGAAGGGAGUGUUGUUGAGACAUUUGGUGAUGCCGGGGUUGGAAGAUGAGGGGAGGGAGAUUGUGAGGUGGUUGGCGGAGAAUGUGUCCAGGGAUUUGUAUGUGCAUGUUAUGGAACAGUAUAGGCCGGAUGCGUAUCGCGCCGUCCUAUCCCUCUGGGACGAUCUCUACCCACAAACCUCCAACACGGUCGACCAAUACCUCACCUACAAAGACGUCACGCCGGCCUCAUUCCACUCCCUAUUCAGACUCCGCCACCGCCUGCAAAGAAUCGUCCGAUUCACCUACUUUCCCACGAUCUCGACACUACUAAUCAAGGUCCUAACCCCGGCCUCGGAAAAGGCCUAUUUAAUUUUCGCCAACGGGACAGUAACCAAUCCGAUCAACAUGAGAACCGAACUUGUUGAGCGAGAACCGUUAGGAUCAGCUACAUACACAGCAUCGGCGCUGGCACCAGGGUCGCAGAAGGAGGCGGACACCGGCCUUAAGAACGGGCUGUUGAGGCCCGACGAUGCUACAGACUGGCCCCAGUUGGUCAUCGAGAGUGGUGUAUCGGGGUCACUGCAUCGAUUGCGACAGGACGUGAAUUGGUGGAUCGGGUGCUCUGAAGGAAUGGUACUUUUGGUUUUGUUACUGGUGGUUGACUGUGGCCAGAGGAGAUUGAUCAUUGAGAAAUACUUUCCACAACAGCUCAGGCAAGGUGGUGGUGGUGGUCCGGUUACGAGAGCGCAGGCUGCGCAUGGUAGGAUGGAUGAUGGGUUUGUGCCGCAGCUUGUCGCGACUACGGUUGUUGAUAUGAGAGCGGAUCCGCCUGCUGUGGAGGGGCCUCCGGUGGUUCUGGAAUUUGAGAGGGUUGUUGGUCGACGGCCGGUUGGACCGUCUGAGUGUGAUAUCGUCUUUGAGGCUAAGGAUUUGGUUGAGAUUGGCGGGAUUGUUCUUCGUUGGAUUCCGUAG